AUGGCCCUGGCUGGAGUGCGAGUGAUUGAGCUGGCUGGUCUGGCCCCGGCGCCAUUUUGUGGUAUGGUCCUGGCGGAUUUCGGGGCCAGCGUGAUCCGGGUCGACCGCACCAAAGCUGGGGUCACGGUGGACACCCAGGGGAGAGGGAAGCGUUCUGUGGCCAUCGACCUGAAGACCCCUGCGGGAGUCGGCCUCCUCAAGAAGCUCUGUGUCCAGUCAGACGUGGUCCUGGAACCGUUUCGGAAAGGAAGCCGUGUGUUCGACUCGUGGAAAAGACCUCCUCCUCCCGUCUACAUGGAGUUCUUUUUCUUCAACGUGACAAAUGUGGAAGAGUUCCUGGCAGGAGCCAAACCUCGGGUCAAACAAGUGGGACCCUACGCUUACAGAGAGUACAGGUACAAGGACAACGUGACCAUGGUGGACGGUGGUACGAAGGUGUCGGCCUACAACACUAAGAGCUUCCAGUUCCUGAGAAACAAGUCUGUGGGAGAUCCAUCUGAAGACAGCAUCACUACAGCCAACAUCCCAGCAUGGGCCGUCAUGAACAAAUUGAAAGGGAAUUUCUGGAAGUCUUCGAUGGUGUCCGUCUGGAUGAACUCCAUCGGCAGCGGCCUCUUCACCACUCGGACCGUGGAUGAACUUCUCUGGGGAUAUGAAGACCCACUGCUGGCUCGUCUGGCUGGAAUGAGCCCCGACGUGGAUAAAAUAUUUGGACUCAUGGUUAACAAAAAUGGAAGUAAUGAUGGAGAGUUUGUGUUCCACACCGGGGAGAAGAACUACCUGGACUAUGGUCGGGUUGUGACCUGGAAAGGAGAAAGCCAGUUGACGUUUUGGAAUACAAACCACAGCAACAGCAUCGUCGGAUCCGAUGGAAGCGCCUUUCACCCGCUGCUCGACAGAAACGAACGCAUCCAUAUCUUCACCCCAGAUCUCUGCAGGUCAAUCUACAUGGAGUUUGAGAAGGACGUGGAGGUCAGAGGGAUCCCCGCGUACCGCUUCACGCCUCCUCGCUCCGUCUUGGCGAGCAAAGAAGAGAAUCCAGACAACGAGGGCUUCUGCAUCAGCCCGGAGGAGUGUCUGGGAACCGGCCUCCUCAGAGUCAGCCCCUGUCGCAAAGGUGCCCCGGUGGUUGCGUCUUUCCCCCAUUUCUACUUAGCCGACGAUAAGUAUGUGAAAGCCAUUGAAGGGUUGUCUCCAGAGAGAAGUCACCACCAAACGUACCUGGACCUGAACCCGACCACUGGAGUGAUUGUUCGAGCCAACAAGAGGGCGCAGGUCAACAUCCUCAUGAACAGGAUUAGUGGAUUUGUAAAAACAAGAACUCUCAAUGAAACAAUCAUUCCUGUGAUGUUUAUCAACGAGAGUGUGGUGAUCGACGAGGCGUCCGCUGCUCGAGUCCAUAAACUUCUCCUGAUCGUUUCUCUGGUGUCUAACUUCCCCCUGAUGAUCGUGGCUCUGGGGGCCAUCAUGCUCGGGGUCUUCAUCCUGCUGCUGGUGCGCGCUCGUAAACAGAAGAGAGGAGCUAAUAUUAUGUUCACCAAGGCUCUGUAUGCUACGUCUGAAGAUGAAACCUCGUACAGUCCGGUCAGUGGGAAAGAGAAGGAAGAUCCUCAAAAUGGCACCUUCAUCGGUUUGACUUCUAAAGCGGAGGCACAAUCCUAA